AUGGUGGAGACAAGUGCAGGCUUGAUGGACGGUGUUGAAGAUAUUAAAAUCUGUGUGUGUGAUCACUUCAAAAGCUUCUUUAGAGAACCCUGCAAGAAUUGUCCUGUCCCUGCGGGUAUCAACUUCAAGCGUCUUGAAUCUGCCGUGGCUACGAUUUUGGAACGUCCGUUUACAGUAUAUGAGAUAAAAGAUGCUGUGUGGAAUUGUGAAGGUAGCAAAACACCUGGUCCUGAUGGGUACUCUUUAGCUUUCUACAAGAAUAAUUGGGAGAUGCUGAAAGAAGAUUUACAAAGAACCGUGGCGGAUUUCCAUGAGAAGGCUAGAUUAAUAAAAGCUUGCACAUCAUCUUUUAUAACUCUGAUUCCUAAAGUUCUGAAUCCUCAGUCCCUAUCGGAGUAUCAGCCAAUUUUCUUGGUUGGGAGUCUCCAUAAGAUUCUGUCUAAAAUUCUUGUUGGCCGUCUAAAGGAGAUUAUCAGGCAAUUAAUAUCAUCAAAACAAAAUGCUUUCAUAAAAAACCGAAACAUUUUGGAUGGUAUUUUGAUGGUUAACGAAGUGAUGGACAUGGCAAAGAGAGAAGGCUCGAAAUGCUUAAUCUUAAAAGUAGACUUUGAGAAAGCGUACGACUGUGUUAGCUGGAACUUCCUGAGAUUAGUUAUGAAGAAGAUGGGAUUUGGAAAAAAGUGGUUAAGCUGGAUGGAGGCCAUCGUGUUCACGAGUUCCAUGGCAAUUUUAGUGAAUGGAAGUUGUACAAAAGACUUCAAUGUCGAACGGGGUCUUCGACAGGGAGAUCCUCUAUCUCCACAGUUGUUUGUCAUAAUUAUAGAAGGUUUGACCAACCUUAUGGAGAAAGCAUCCAGUCUUGAGGAGUACAGAGGCUUCUAUUAUGGUGACAACAAUGUCGUCGACAUUCUGCACUUCGCUGAUGAUACCAUUAUUUUGAGUGAUGGGAAAGAGAAUAAUUUGUGGGGUUUGAAAUCCAUUCUAAGGGGAUUUGAACUUAUGGCUGGUCUCAAGAUUAAUUUUAGCAAAAGUAACAUAUAUGGUAUUAAUCUGUCUGAUGCUAACCUUCAAAUGUCGUAUUCGUUUAUGUCUUGUGGCAUAGGUGAUCUCCCCUUCAAGUUCUUGGGAGUUAAGGUGGGUGACAGUCCCAGGAAGUUGGCAACGUGGAAAGACGUUAUCAAAGACACAAGAAGGAGAUUGGAUAAAUGGAGAGGGGGAUUUCUUUCUAUAGGAGGUAGGGUGGUACUGAUCAACUCGGUGUUAAAUGCUAUUCCUUUGUAUUCGCUAUCGUUUUAUCAAGCACCUAAGAAAGUGAUAAAGGAAAUUAGGAGUAUUCAAAUAAGCUUUCUAUGGAAAGGAGUGGAAGGUGGAAGAGGAAUAAACUGGGUCAGUUGGCACAAUGUUUGUAAGUUAAGAGAGGAAGGAGGUUUAGGCAUAAGAGACGUAGAUUGUAUGAAUGUAUCCUUACUCAUGAAGUGGAAGUGGAGAAUUUGUACAGAGGCGAAUGCGAUAUGGUCAAAUCUGUUAAUUCACAGGUACAAAAAUCCGGAGGUCAAAAUGUACGUCAACGAUACGGGAGUGAUAUCCAAGAAUGAUUCAAUAUGGUGGCGUGAUUUAAUCUUGAUCAACGACUGCGUAGGUUCCAAUGGACUGUCUGUCUCUGAUUCAUUUCUAUGCAGGGUCAAAAGUGGAGAUAAUGUUUCAUUCUGGCUAGUAAGUGGGCGGGGAUUCAAACAGUGUCGGAAGCGUAUCCGGAGCUGUAUCACAAGGCAGUUAAUAGGUUUAUGUCUGUUGCGGAGGCGGGUUAUUGGAAGGGAGAGAUAUGGAAGUGGAAUUAAGACAGUUGGCUGCAUGAACCAGACGAUCAAGAUGGGGCUCUCACGACUUUGCUGCAACUACAGUUUCCGUCUAUUAGCAGACAGAAUUUCAGGAGAGAUGAAGUGGUUUGGCUGGCGGAUGAAGAUCAAGGUUUCACUGUCAAGGGGUGUGCCAAGGAGAUUAACCGUAAUAUGCAGGGAAUUGGGCUGCAAACAUCUCUACUAA